AAUUAAAUGCAACCUUUAAAUCCAAAUCCGAAUUCAAAUCAGGGCCCAUCACAUUUCCAAUCGAGUCAACGCAGCCCGUUGGCUCACCCCCAACCGUCAGCAGACACGUGUCAUCUAUUUCAGCUUUCCGGGUUCCUAAACUCUUUAUGAACUGCAGUUGAUGAGAUCCUUUGAGGUCCGUCCAAGCCAAUGUUACUUCACAUGAUAUACACAGAGGAGCAUCCCACAUCAAACAACCACAGAGAAUCUAGAGAGAGAGACAGUGUGUGUGUGUGUUUCUACCCCAGUCAAAGCUUUUGUGGAAAACGAAAGCUCUCUGUAAGCUCGCCCACCCCGACCCCCUCCCUUCACUCUUCUGUUUGUAUUUCUUACUAUUUCCCUAAAUCUCUUUGGCGCAAUCGUUUGAUUGCUUGAAUGCGGGCUCUGUGUUGAUCCCGAGCUUGGUGAGGUGGAAGAUAUGACUGAUCAGUAGAUGGUUUGAAGCUGCAUCUCAAUUUGUAAGUUUAUCUACGUUUUGCGUUUAGAGGUAUGGCUUCGGGUGGUGUAGCGGCUGAUAAGCCGAAAUGCGAUGCAAUGCUUGUGGAUAAGCUUCCAGAGGAAAUCAAUGAGAUGAAGAUCAAGGAUGUGAAGGUUGAAAAGGAAAUGGAAGCCGCUGUAGUAGAUGGAAAUGGAACUGAGACAGGGCACAUAAUUGUGACGACUAUCGGUGGUAAAAAUGGUCAGCCUAAGCAGACUAUAAGUUACAUGGCUGAGCGCAUUGUAGGGCAGGGUUCUUUUGGAAUUGUCUUCCAGGCCAAAUGUCUUGAAACAGGUGAAACUGUUGCAAUCAAGAAAGUUCUGCAGGAUAAGAGAUAUAAAAACCGUGAAUUGCAAACGAUGCGCCUCCUGGAUCACCCAAAUGUUGUAUCUCUUAAGCACUGCUUCUUCUCGACCACCGACAAAGAUGAACUCUACCUUAAUUUAGUUCUUGAAUACGUGCCCGAGACAGUCUACCGUGUGACUAGACACUAUAGCAAAGCAAACCAGCGAAUGCCUAUGAUAUACGUCAAGCUUUAUACAUAUCAGAUUUUUAGAGCGUUGGCAUAUAUUCAUGGCAUAGGAGUCUGCCACAGAGACAUCAAACCUCAAAACCUUUUGGUCAAUCCCCAUACACAUCAGCUCAAACUCUGUGAUUUUGGAAGUGCAAAAGUUUUGGUGAAAGGUGAACCAAAUAUAUCAUAUAUUUGUUCCCGGUACUAUCGUGCGCCUGAACUGAUAUUCGGGGCAACGGAAUACACCAGUGCAAUUGACAUCUGGUCUGUUGGGUGUGUCCUUGCUGAACUUCUUCUCGGCCAGCCUCUAUUUCCUGGUGAGAGUGGAGUUGACCAGCUAGUGGAAAUUAUCAAGGUUCUUGGAACACCAACUCGUGAGGAAAUAAAAUGCAUGAACCCAAAUUACACGGAGUUCAAGUUUCCUCAAAUUAAGGCCCAUCCAUGGCACAAGAUUUUUCACAAAAGGACUCCCCCUGAAGCUGUGGAUCUUGUAUCUAGGCUGCUUCAAUACUCUCCAAACUUAAGAUACUCUGCUGUGGAAGCUUGCAUACACCCAUUCUUCGAUGAACUCCGCGAUCCUAAUGCCCGGCUUCCUAAUGGCCGUCCAUUGCCUCCACUUUUCAACUUUAAACCUCCAGAGUUAAAGGGAGCGUCGUUGGAGUUGCUGUCGAAGUUGAUACCGGAGCAUGCUAGGAAGCAGUUCCCUCUGUAGCUUCCUAAGGUUUCUGGAUAUGUUGAAAGACCAAUUUGUGUAUUGUGUAUGCUCACUCCCUAGCUAUCUAACAUCUGACCUUGAUUGUCUCUUUAUCUAUUAGGCCUUAUUUUGUUCAAAUUUGGAGAUUCAGUUCCAGUUUUUCCGGUUCUUAUCAUCUUAUGGGAUUCUGCAAUUCUUUUUAAUUUGAAGACUGUCGAUUUAUUUCA